UGCGUGUUAUGUGCGUGCGCAUGUAUUUAAUUUAUACAUGGUAUACGCGGGGAUCUCGCUCUUCCUCACGAGCGGUAGUCCUGGUUUCUAUCGCGAUAGCUACGCGACGAGUUACCGUGUCAAUAUAACGAAUAAGGCUAAUAAUGCCGUUGCAAGUUCACGACGUGCAGCAAAAUGUCGUGGAGCCAAUGCAGGUUGAUGCUCCUACAGAGGAUAAUGAUAAUGCUGAGGAAGAACCGUAUAUAGUAGAAAACCCGACGCUUGACUUGGAAGUAUAUGCCAAUAGCUAUACCGGGCUUGCAAAACUAAAUAGGCUUAUAUACAUCGCUGAUCAUUGUCCGUCGUUACGAAUAGAAGCGUUGAAGAUGGCAAUUACUUAUGUGAUGACCACGUACAAUGUUGGACUUUACAUAACGCUGCAUAAAAAGCUUGUGGAAGCUAUGGGUUAUACCUCUGGAUUGCCAGACAUAGCGGCGCAGUCAACCUCUCAGGAUAUGCCAACGAUGGAUCAGACAUGGGUAGAGACUCGGGCUAAGAAAGCCGCUCUUAAAUUAGAGAAGUUUGAUACCGAUCUAAAAAAUUACAAGAGCAACUCUAUCAAGGAGAGCAUACGAAGAGGUCAUGACGAUUUGGGAGAUCAUUAUUUGAAUUGUGGUGACCUUGUUCACGCUUUAAAAUGUUACUCCAGAGCGCGGGAUUACUGCACUAGCGGCAAGCACGUUGUGAACAUGUGUUUGAAUGUAAUCAAAGUUUCCGUUUAUCUACAAAACUGGUCUCAUGUACUUAGUUAUGUCACCAAGGCUGAAAGCACACCAGACUUUCCAGAACUGCACGGUAAAGAAAACAACCAGGCGAUAGUCACGAAGUUAAAAGUGGCAGCGGGCUUGGCGGAAUUGGCAACAAGAAAGUAUAAAAUGGCCGCAAAACAUUUUUUACAAGCGUCCUUAGAUCACUGCGACUGCCCCGAGCUGUUGUCUCCUGGAAACGUGGCUCUUUACGGAGGACUUUGUGCUUUAGCCACUUUCGACAGACACGAAUUGCAGAAACAAGUUAUAUUUAGUAGUUCCUUCAAAUUAUUUCUAGAAUUAGAACCUCAACUUCGAGAUAUAAUUUUCAAAUUUUACGAAUCAAAAUACGCAUCCUGUUUGAAGCUGCUCGAUGAGAUAAAGGAUAAUAUUCUCUUGGACAUGUACAUAGCACCUCACGUGAACUUAUUGUAUACGCAAAUUCGAAAUAGAGCCUUGAUACAAUACUUUAGUCCUUAUCUGAGCGCGGACAUGAGACGAAUGGCAACCGCAUUCAAUAGAACUGUAUCUGAAUUGGAAGACGAGCUCAUGCAACUUAUUCUUGACGGUCAGAUUCAGGCUCGUAUAGAUUCGCACAAUAAGAUUUUGUAUGCAAAGGACGUCGAUCAGCGUAGCACCACCUUUGAAAAGUCUAUGAGCGUUGGAAAGGAUUAUCAGAGGCGUACCCGUAUGUUGAUCUUACGAGCCGCGAUGUUGAAACAGCAAAUUCACGUAAAGAGUCCUCAACGCGACAGCACGCAAGGAGGUGAAAUGUCAGUAGCACCUGGAAAUGGCACUUUAGCAGUAAAAAAUUGAAGUCGUACGCACGUCGGCAUCCGAUUCUGGGAAGAACCAAAUUUACAUGCAUGUCUCUUUCAACUGCCACGUCCAUCUAGGUAUGAAAUAAGAUUUCACUAUACAUUCGACAUUAUGUUAUUUCUGCAAAGUCAAAGGCCUGUACCUCAUUUUCAACAUAUAAUAUAUGGCAUGUAUAUAUAUAUACAUAUAUAUUAUUGCUACGUUGCGUUGUUUUAAAAGAACAAAGUGACUUUAUCUCCAGUAUAUUGAUUAUAGAAUCAUUAAAAAGUGUAACAUAGACUAACUCUACCCGAUUAAUUAAACAUAAUGUGGUCUCUUUUGUAACAAAAUUAUAUCGAGAAACCGUAAAUCUUAAGUUCCUCUGUAUACAAGCAAUGUGAAUAAACCUAAGAUUUUAACAUAC